GGCGAUUUUGGAUAGAUCGCUGUAAACGUCAACCUUACUCAUAAUACAAAAAUAAACACAAUUAGUUUUUUGCAAAAAGGCAAAAAAAAACUUGGGAAACAUGGGACUUUUCGGGAAGACGCCUGAGAGGAGUCCGAAGGACUUGGUUACCGAGUGGAACCACAAACUGCGCAAAGAAGGCUACCAAUUGGACAGGCAAAUAAGAUCCAUACAGCGAGAAGAGGAAAAAGUCAAGCGAUCCCUAAAGGAAGCCGCCAAGAAAAACGACAAGGACGCCUGCCUAAUACUGGCCAGGGAAAUUAUAAACGCUCGAAAAGCCAUCACGAAAAUCUACACGUCCAAAGCCCACCUAAACUCAGUGAUGUUACAAAUGAAAAACCAAUUAGCCACUCUCAGAGUAUCGGGCUCGCUUCAGAAAUCCACGGAAGUCAUGCAGACGAUGCAGAGGCUCGUGCGCGUACCCGAGGUGGCGCAGACGAUGCAAGACAUGUCGAAAGAAAUGAUGAAAGCCGGCAUCAUCGAGGAAAUGCUGGACGAAACCUUCGAGGACCUCGAAGACUCGGAGGAGAUGGAGGAAGCGGCGCAAUCGGAGAUCGAUAAGGUGCUGUUCGAGAUAACAGAAGGGAAAAUCGGGGAGGCGCCGCUGCCGCCCCAAGAGCCCGCCGAGAAGGCGUCCCCGGUGCCGGUGGAGGAGCCCGAGGAGGAGGAGAACGAAGAGGAGAUUUCGGAGAUGCAAAGCCGCCUGGCCGCGCUCAAGUCUUAAUAGGUUUAACGGGUGGGGAGAGGAUUGAAAGGUUGCACGAUCGAAGCGCUAAAACGAAGGUAAUAUUUCUGGAUUUUUGGUUGUAAAAAGUACCGAAAAAUAUUCUGUUUUCUGGACAGUAUUGUUGACAAUUACAUGCAUAAGAAAUAAAGUUUUUAUUAAUUGUUAAUUGGUCAAUAUUUAGUUUGUACAAUUAUUUUUUUUUACCUCGUGAAUAUUUUCAAGAAACUUGCUUUAUGGGAAAAUUUUUGAUAUGCUUGUAUUUUUUAAAGCCACGUUUACUAGGUAGCUGAAUCGAGCAAUAAUGUUAAUAUUGUAGCUAAUACCUCUUUACUGUAUUACUGUUUACAUUUCUACUUACUAUUACAAAGGAUAAAUUAAUAUAAAAGACAUUUGAUGUCAGAUUAAUAUAUUGGAAAUAUUAUAUGCACUAUUUUCGUAAAAAAAAUUAUAAAACACCAAAAAAAGCCUAAAUAUUGUAAAAAUUUAACAACUGUUAUGUUCUGCUUAUAGUAGC